AUGCCUCCAAUGGGGAGCAAAGCCAUACCAAGGAAUACUGUGGAACAGGACAACACAGCACAGUCAAGAGUGAGGAACCAGAAAGGGCAGCCGAGGAGAGGUGCUGAAAGGAGUUGUUCAGAGGAUAGUCUUUCUCGCCCGUUAUCAAGCAGUGUGAACCGGACUUCUGAUCCACCGGAAAUGGAUGACUCGCAUGCUCUCGUACGAUCCAACCCAGUCGUCAGUACAAGACCAACCAGAGCUUUCGGAAGAGGUGGUGCUGCUAUUGCAAGACGUCGGGGUGUGUAUCAGAGAGCUGCAGCCCAGUCUGAUGACAAAGAGGCCAUGAAUGAUGAAGACAGGACCCGUGAAGAUAUCACGAAGUCGAAGAAUUUGCUAUCAAAGACCGGACAACAUGCUAGAAAAUAUUUAAAAGAUUUGUGGUAUGAAGACGAAGGACAAAUGGCCCUUACUGUCAGGAGGGAUGCGACAAACAUCAAAAUCUUCAGCAAGGCCGCAGAUGUGACAUGGAAUGAAAUGCAGAGAUUUCUAGGGGGACUGCAGCAUGCUCAAGAUGGUCCAGUGGUUCCCGAUGCUUGGCCAGUCGACAGACUGGUUGAUGGCUUGGUUGCGCUGGUGUUGCUGAGAAGUCACCAUCGAGAUGAUCUGGCCGUUCAGAUCCUUCGUUAUGCAUGCCCCGCAUUUACAAAGCACCUCGCGGCGAUUAGAUAG